UGUUCACUUGUCACUAUUACGGCGCGGAAUCCUUAUUUUUUACUCGUCCGUGGUUCUAACCAUAAAAUGUUUUGUUUGUAUUUGUAGAUUGCAAAGAACCUAUAGCAAUAAUUAUUUAAUAAAUAAUAGAUUAAUUCAUAUUUUUAUCUUUAAAUAAUUUAAAAUGUUACCGCUAUCACUACUGAGAACAGCGCAGAACCAUCCUAUGCUGGUAGAAUUGAAAAAUGGCGAGACUUAUAACGGGCAUCUUGUUAGCUGCGAUAAUUGGAUGAAUAUAAAUUUAAGAGAAGUCAUCUGUACUUCGCGGGACGGAGACAAGUUCUGGAGGAUGCCCGAGUGCUAUAUUCGUGGUUCUACUAUCAAAUAUUUGCGUAUACCAGAUGAAGUCAUUGACAUGGUUAAAGAAGAGGCUUUGGUGAAGGCAAGAAGCCGAAAUGAUGUUUCUAAAGGUAGAGGAGGUUCUAACAUGCGAUCUGGACGUGGAGGCGGUAGAGGAACAUUUGGUAAUAGAGGCAGACCAGCACCCUUACGUGGUGGAGGUACAGGAAGAGGUCAGCAUAAGAAGAAGUAGAUUUAAUAAACUUAUUUUAUAAUGUAA